AUGUCCUCUUCAUCGUCAUCUGAUGCGCCUGGCAAGGCAGCAGAGACGCCUGCCCAAGGAUCUGCUGCUGAAGUUACGCUGUCCCCUGCUGCGGCGCCGGCAGAAGACGUUGCCGAUGCAGAAGAAGAAGGCGACGACGAUAUUGAAGGCGAGGAAGCCCCAGCCCUCGAGCCAGGAGGAACCCUCACCUCCAAGCAGCGCAAGAAGAAGAAGAGCAAAGCUGCUCAGAAGCUCAAGAAGAAGUUGGGACUCAACAGCAACUCGGACACCGCUGCCUCAUCUUCAUCCUCGUCCUCAGCCGCCAAUCCGCAAGUCACCCCGGACAUGCUCUCCCAAGUCCACUCAGCCGUUUCUGCCGAACAUGGCUCAGAUGCUGCUUCCAAGGUCAAUGUCAAGAACCUGCAAGAAGUGCUCCGCUUGAUGACACUGGAGCGCAAUGCCACACUUGAGGGUCAGAAGAACAGGGGAAUGUCAGCGAGCGUCAAGCAGAUCAAGGACCACAAGUUCUGGAAAACUCAGCCCGUUAUGAAACAGUCUGAUGCUCCUCCCACCACUGCAGAAGAAGAAGGCCCAAUCGAGCCUUCUGCUCCCCCCGAAAAGGUCCGUCAAGAGCCUCUGCCUCUGCCGAGCGACUUCGAAUGGGUCACAAUCGACAUUGAUAACUCUGAGGAGCUCAAGGAGGUGUACGAGCUACUGAGCGAAAACUACGUCGAAGACGAUGAUGCGAGCCUGCGAUUCAACUACUCUGCGGAUUUCCUGCACUGGGUCUUGAAGCAUCCGGGCUAUGACAAGAGCUGGCACGUUGGCGUGAGAGUCUCCUCCACUCGCAAGCUUGUAGCCUUCAUCAGCGGCAUCCCGCACGAGCUGCGAGUCCGCUCGAAAUCCUUCCAAUCCGCCGAGAUCAACUUCCUCUGCGUCCACAAGAAGUUGCGCUCCAAGCGUCUCACGCCAGUCCUUAUCAAGGAAGUCACGCGAAGAUGCCACUUGAAGGGCAUCUUCCAGGCCAUCUACACCGUCGGAGCCGUACUCCCCACGCCGAUGAGUUGCGCCCGCUAUUACCAUCGAACAAUCAAUGCGGAGAAGCUGCUCGAGAUUGGGUUCGCAGCUGUCCCGCAGGGUAUGAGCAAGGAGAGGUGGAUCGCCCGCUACUCCCUGCCCAAGGAGACGAAGCUGUCAGGGUUGAGAGAGAUGGAGGAGAAGGACGUUCCAGCCGUUGGCAAGCUUCUCCGCCGCUACCUACGACGCUUCGAUGUCGCACCGCGGUUCACAGACGAGGAGGUGAAGCAUGUGUUGCUCAGUGGAAACGGGAGAUUGAAGGGCGGAAAGCAGGUAGUGUGGACGUACGUGGUAGAGCAAGAAGGAAGGAUCACGGACAUGGCGUCCUUCUACUCGCUCCCUUCGAGCGUGCUCGACUCAAAGACACACAAGACGCUGGAGGCGGCGUACCUCUUCUACUACGCGACCGAUGCGGCCUUUACGGAGGAGCAGCCAGCGUCAUCAGCGUCGGAGGCCACAGAGGACCAGGCCGGCUCCUCCAAAUCCGACUCCCUUCCAGCCUGGCAGCGCUCUCACCUCACCUCCCUCUCCCCCUCCGAGCUCGCCGACGAGCGCAACGCCCCACACUGGCAGACCCAACCACCUACGGCUCAUACCACUCGUCUACGCGCCCUCCUCACGGACAUCCUCGUCCUCGCAGCCCAACAAGGCUUCGACGUAUGCAAUGCUCUUACUACCCUAGACAACAACUCCUUCCUAUCUGACCUGCACUUCGGACCGGGGGACGGCUUCUUGAGGUGGUACCUUUACAACUGGAGGACAAGACCGAUCUGUGGUGGGAUGGGCGGCAGACCGGGUGAGGGAGAGCUGGAUCCCGCGGCAAAGAGUGCGGUCGAGGGUGGAAAGAGUUGGAGCUGGGGGAGCGGGUUGGGCGUUGCGAUGGUGUAG